AUCUGCACGAAGAAUUCCAUACAAACCACCUGAUCGUGGCUGUGGAUAAGGGAAGUCUAUUCCCCUCGUUGUUCUAUGCAUGGAAUGGGUUGGCAUCUUGUGAACUCGGAACCCCGGAGGCAUGACAAGAUGUUGGCCGGCGGAACGUGAAGUUGGACCGACUGGCUUUUCGUGGCAUCGCUCGUCGCCGAUCGUACGCAUAGGCUCUGGCUCCAGCACCAAAGUGAAGGAGCCCUUUUGCGGCCGUUGCAGUAAUAACGGCAAAGCUAGCGCGCCCCUACGCUUUCACGUUGCUGCAAUUGAUCUGGUUGUCUAGCGCGAUACUGAGUUCUCGUCGUGUAGUUUCCAUAGAGAUACACGCGCUAUUUGCCAGCGAUAUAUCGCGCCCUACGUCCUCGUUCCGUCUGCUGAUAUCCGCCUGGCCGCGGUUGUAUCCAGCACACGACAGUGUGGUGAGAAGGUGCUCGCCGUAGCGCAUAAUUAAAUAAGCGAGCGAGUGACGGAGUGUCCGUGAGCCAUGCGGAACAGCAGCGUCGGUGUCGUUGGUGCGGAUGCGGUGGGCAAGACGAGCUUCGUGGUCGCACUGGGGGCCAAAGAGGCCGCGACGAAUGCAACGCUGCAGGUUCAGUACCUUUGGCCUCGUCCUGGCCGAAAUGGACACAAAGUGACGGCUGUGCGUAUUCUACGCUGUCGAGAAGAGGUCCCGGACUGCGACGACGGCGUCUUCGUGCUUCUCUUCGACCUCACGCGGCGAGACUCGCUCGCGGAGGUCAUUGCACAAUGGGCGCAUUUGUCGGACGCCGCUGGACGAAAGCUACUGCUCGUAGGCACACAUGCUGACUGCAACAGCAAGCGUGAAAUUCCUUACUCAGAAGUGCGCGAGAUUUCUGGCGAGUUCCAUGGGUAUGAGGAAGUAUGCUGUCGUCCAGAGGACGAGGGCAUGCACCGGGUACAGCAAAUGCUAACACAAUGGCUAAGCGGUGGCUCUGCAGUGCUAAAGAGCGAUAUUCCGCUUGCACGAGCGUCGAUCUGCGGCGGAUUUCCUAGGCCCGUCGUGACGAUGAUGAUGCCCAGCACGUCGCAUAGUUUGCCUGCAUCACCCGCAGGCCAACGACAUCCUCGUAUGCGAGCCGAUGUGUGGCUAUAUGAUCCGACCGAAGAAGCAUCCUCUUCUCCUGUAGCGACGACUGUAGGUGGCGAUGUGAAACUACGCACGAUUUCCAAGGCGAUCUACGAUAUUCGUGGCGCUGUUGCUGAAAAGAGUAAGGCACUGGCCAAGUACCGUGACCGACAAAUGAGUCACUGGUUGACACGCAGUCGAUACUUUGGACCGACUGAGAGCAGUCGACACAAACGGUGGCAGGAGGAACAGAAGAAGCGUCAACAAGCACAAGGCCAUGUGCACCACCACGUGCGUGGUGUCCCUGAUGAACGUGGACGAAGUGUAAGCCACCCUGAUAAAUUCAUGCCACCCAGUCGAAGGCCCUCUACGCGACGUGGUGCAGCGCAUUUAUCAAGUUCCAGCUCUAGUGAAAACGAGGAGAGUCCCGGCACUCCUUUGGAGCGCAAGUCUUUCAUGCAGCCUACUGAACUCAGUAAGCAGCGACAACGUCAGCUUGAAGCUGGCAAUGCACAAGAGCAAAAGAAACGUCUUGCUACAAAGCGUGCAUUGCGCAAGCAGAGACGAGCAACUUCCAACGACGUGUUUGAAAGAAGCACAGCGUCGGCUGCUGCCUACUUGAAUUGCUACGAUGAGAUGGACAUGCCGCCGCAGUUGAAGCCUCUCUCGCCUUCGCUGGGCGGACAAUCUUCUCUUUCGAUACCGUCGCCUGCAUCUUCUGUGGCAUCUUCAUCAAGCCGUAAAAGCUUUGGGGGAGAACGGAGGAUCUUUGAGGCCGAUGUUCUUACCUCGGUUGGCGCACAACAAUCCUUCGAGUUGCUCUCCCCUGGAGCAGAACAAGUAGGUUGUUUGCCAACUCCACUGCCAACGACACAUCUGCAGUCUCCUGUGCCACCGGUAAUGAGUCCGUCAGCCCCGCCAUCUCAAGCAUCGUCGGUUCGAAGCCACCACAGUGUUGAUGACUCCUCACUCGACAGCCCUCAGUAUGACUUCCUGUGCGACACAGUGCUGAAGCUCGAUACACCCGACAAGGUGCCGACUGAAACCAAAUCUGCCCUGCCACCUCCAGUUACAGCUACAGCCACUGACAAUGUCGCCCCUAAACUCACCCCGCCACCAUCAGCUACACCCCACGAAGCCUCUACCAUCAGCCGAGCCAACACCAUGUGCAGCAGCAGCUCGGAGAACUUCGACUGCAGCGAUAUCGACGAUAUGCUCGAGUAUUUUGAAGGUGUAACACUGCCUAUCUAAAAUUCUUCACUACCCCAACUACUUAAUCGAAACUUGGAAACAAAAUUUCACUCAAUUGCACAAUUUUAACUGAAGCCAUUAGCUGCUAGCUUUGAAAUAUCGCUUUUCUUGUCAAGUUCGGGUCUGACGCAUUCCAACCUUA